GGAAAGUGGCUGGGUGACCCGCGGCAGGGCUGCGGCUGACGGCUCCAGCUGGUGCUUUUUGGUCUUGGGAAGGAGUCUGCCAGUAAGGGACGAAAGACGCUUCUGAUAAUCCCUACUGUGAGACUGCAAAGGUGAACGUCCUGACACAGGAUGAAGUUAGGCUUUCUCCUGUGCUGUCUUUGUGUCUUCACUGCCCCAACAUGCAGCACGUCUGAGCGAUGUGAUGAUUGGGGAGUAGACACUAUGAAGCUAAUCCAGGCUUAUGAAGGAGAGCCUGCACGCAUUCGAUGCCCUCUUUUUCAAGACUUUCUAAAACAUAAUUAUAGCACAGCACAUUCAGCAGGUCUGACCCUAAUGUGGUAUUGGACAGGCCAAGGGAAGGACCUUGAAGAGCCAGUCAACAUCCGUCUUCCGAACAACAGAAUCAUCAAAGACAAGGACACACUCUGGUUUCGGCCUGCUAUCAUCAAUGACACAGGAAACUACACCUGCAUGCUUAGGAACACAACUUUUUGCAGCAGAGUUGCUUUUCCCCUGGAAGUUGUACGAAAGGAUGCAGAUUCUUGUGUUAGUCAAGCUGUGAAACCAGAAGUAGUGGAGCUUCCUUUAGAGCACACAGAGAGGCUCCCAUGUCCAGAUACUGAUGGGUUUUUCCCUGUAAAUGUGACCCCUUCUGUAACAUGGUACAAGGACUGCAUUUCUGAAAACUUUUAUGAGAGAUUACCCCAAGGCCUCAACCUAACUUUUAUAGUUGUACGAUCAAACUAUCAAGGAAACUACACUUGCAUCGUUACUUAUGAGGACAGUGGAAAGAUCUAUAACCUUACUAGAACUAGUGAAGUUAAAGUAGUCGGGCCACCUGAAGAUGAGAAGCCACCAUCGAUGACAACCCCAAAUGCUAAAACAUUGUAUGAAUUUGCAGCAGGUGAAGAAAUGCUCCUUUCCUGUGAAGUAUUCUGCCCUUUUGUAAGGAACUCUCGUAAUGAUGUCUGGUGGACUGUUGAUGGCAAGAAGCUAGAGGAAAAUACUGAAAGGAUUAUUAUUACUGAAAGUGUGAAUGAGCAACUUGGUGGAGCAAAAACCAUUAAAGUAUCUCUAAGUAUUAAACAAGUAACUGUGGAGGAGCUGAAGCGCAAUUAUACCUGUGCAGCAAGGAACAGUUUGGGAGAAGUCUCCAGGCAAGCACCAGUGAAAGAGAAAGUGGGCACUCCAAGGUAUAUAACUGAAUUGGCAUGUGGACUUGGAGCAACACUUUUCCUUGUGGUGUGCCUUAUCAUUGUAUAUCAUGUCUACUGGCUGGAAAUGGUGCUUUUCUACAGGGCUCAUUUUGGCACUGAUGAAACAAUUGGAGAUGGAAAAGAAUAUGACGUUUAUGUAUCCUAUGCAAGGAAUGCAGAAGAAGAAGAAUUUGUACUGGUCACGCUGAGAGGAGUAUUAGAAAAUGAAUUUGGAUACAAACUGUGUAUCUUUGACCGGGAUAGUUUACCAGGUGGAAGUAAGUAACCCUGAGACUGUUAGCACUGACAGACAUGUAUUAAUGCAUUCUAUUGUAUAAAUAGACACUAUUUAUUCUUAGAAUAUAUAUUUUUUAAAAAAAAAGCCAAGUUGUGCAAAAUAUAUUUAUUAUAUGACUUUCCUUACAGGCAUGUCUAACCUAAAUGGCUUCAUUUCUGAAAUUAGAACUGGAGAAACUGAAUUUCCCAACAGGGCAUGCCUUCUCUCUGUUGUUAUAUAUAGUCAUAAAAGAAAGGGUUUGUGUCUAUGCUGCUUUGGUCUGAGUACAUGUUCUGCAUGGACAUAAGAAGACAGUCUUAUAUGUAUUUGCCUUUACUUAAAAAACCAGAAGCCAACAAUAUGCUAAUAUUCAGUCAUAUGUAUAAGUGCAUAUCUGCAAAAAAAGAAAUCUUGUUUGGGUAGUAUGAGUUUGAUCUCAUACUAUUUUUAUAAAGGCAGGAAAAAAUAUUUUAAAGCAGGCUAAUGUAUGUGUCAGACAAAGAUGUAAUGAUAUCUGUUGGAUAUAAAUUGCCCACAUCCGCCAUCCACCACAGAGCACUUUGUACUACCAUAUAGACAGUGUUUUAACUGAGCCCAGCUGGGAUGGCCUGCAGUGCAAUGAAGUCAUUCUUUUAUUUUUAUUCCCAGUAUUUAUGGAUGUUUUCUGUGUCUUCCUUGGAAAUAUAGGAAUUAAGGAUACAGUCUAGCCUGCUGUGUGAAAACGAUUCAAAUUCAUCAUACAGUAACUGCAUAUACAAUGGACUUUUUAUUUCUGAUAAGCCAAUGUUCUGCAACCAUCAUAAAGUUCAGAGAAAUUUGCCUGUACCAUUUAAUAAGCAAUUUCUUCAAUCUGCUCAUAAUGAUAAUUUAGUUGAAAAGGGCUGUGUGUGUAGAUUAUGAUCUCCCGGGUAAUUUUAAUACUUGAGUCUUUUACAUUUUUAGAUAUGAUGCCUCUUCUGAAAGAAUUAUGCACUAUGUAAAUUCAUUAAUGUCUUGCUUUUCUUUUCCCAGCUGUUACAGAUGAGACACUGACCUUCAUUAAGAAAAGUCGCCGCCUUCUUGUUGUAAUUAGCCCCAGUUAUAUCCUAAAGGGUACACAAGCCCUGUUGGAGUUAAAAGCUGGCCUUGAAAACAUGGCCACUCAGGGCAACAUCCGUAUUAUUUUAGUUCAGUAUAAAGCUAUUAAAAGUAGAGAAAAGGUGAAAGAGUUAAAACUGGCUGAGUCUGUUUUAGGAGUGAUUAAAUGGAAAGGAGACAAAUCUAAGUUUCCAAAUGGCAGAUUUUGGAAGCAGCUCCAUGUGGCUAUGCCUGUAAAGAAGCAGUCUCAGCCUAAAAGCUACUGUAACACAUACAUAGAGCUGUAUCCCCCCAGAGGUCUGUGAUCUGAAAUGAGAACAAAUCAUACCAGUACCAGUAUCUAUGAAAGAAAAAAUGUUGUCCUUGAUAAGACAGCACAGUUACCAUUACCUACUAUUAUAUUUGAUACUCAGCUUGGAAUUAGUAGACAAUCUUAUAACUUUAUUAAUUAACUUAGUGCCUUGAUCUUUUCAACAUCCUGUGUUGCCUACAACAGAUGUGUAAGGUUCAUAUUAGUAAGGCUUGCCAUGGAAGUUUGGUUAUUGCUAUUGGAUAUAAAAGAGUUGUCUUUUAGGAGACCUGUAGAGAAAAGAUUGUUAAUCAAAUAAGGGUGGAUUUUGAGGGUACCUGCUAGUUAAGUUUUGCGGCAGACAUGAUUUUAAAUGUUUCAGAUAAGCUAAGAAUAGUAUUUAUGAUCAAACUAGUGGGGCCAUUUACUAUCACUUGGAUUUUUUUUUCCCGAUUAGGAUUUUGUAGUGCUAAAAGUUUCCGGAGAAAAAUUUGACUUUUUUUCGAGAUUUGAUAUGCGUCAAAAUGGCUAAAAAUCCAAAUCUACCAAGUUUCAGUGCAACAAUUAGAAAAAGUCGCACUUUUGUGACUUUUCUGCAACUUUUUCCCACACAGGGUUUUUUCAGUUUAUUCAAAUUCUUAAAUGAAAAAAAAAGUGUUUUAGUAAAUCUGCCCCUUAGUGUCAGGGUUCCCAGGCAGGAAAGACAGAAAAGAGCUAAUAGUUGGUUACAGUGGAUAUGUUUCCUUUUAUUAUGGCAGGAAUCUUAAAUGGGUUGUUCACCUUUAAAUUAACUUUUAUUAUGAUGUAGACAAAGGUAUAUAUAAUUUGCAUUUGGUUUUCAUUUUUAUUAUUUGUGGUUUUUCAGUUAUUUAGCUUUUGGUUCAGCAGCUCUACAGAUUGUAAUUUCAGCAGCUAUCUACUUCCUGCUUUAGCAGCCAGGCAGUGCUUUGAAUGAGAGACUGAAAUAUGAAUAGGAGAGGGCCUGAACAUAAAGAUAAGUAAUAGAAAGUUACAAUAAUAAUAGCCUCUCUGAGCAAUAGUUUUUUAGCUGCUGGGGUCAGUGACCCCCAUUUAAAAGCUGGAAAGAUGUGGAAGGAAGAGGAAGGCAAAUAAUUAAAAAACUAUAAAAAAUAAAUAAAGUAAUGAAGACCAACUGCAAAAUUGCUAACAAUCAGACAUUCUAUGACAUAAUAAAUUUUAACUUAAAGAUGAACAAUAUAUUUAAGAAUAGUUGUGUAGUUGGGAUAUGAAGAAGCAAUUGACUCAUGGAAGACAGUUUGUUGGUUAAUUUAGUUAUGGAAUUCAGUUGAACUUGGAACAAACAUCUGAUAAAAGAACAAGCUGCAAAUGCUGUACCUGAUGCCCUGCCCUUACAGUACGAGUCUAGAGGUAGAACAUCCCUAAGGCAGUAACAAUCCAUACCUUUGUCCCAAGAAGCUCCAUCUUUGUAUCUGGGGCCCCAUGCCAAGUGUGCUUUGGGCUGCUUAGGAAAGAUGAAUUUAUUUGUUGUCUAUCUUCCAUUAACAUAAAAUAAGAUGAAGUAUUGGUGUCUGUGCUAAAAUGCAAUGUAAAGCUCAAAAUGUUGAUGAAACAACCUUGUGGCAUGUGGAUAUUAAAGGAUUUAUGGAUUUAAAGUGCCAAAUAUGUAAAAUCAUCUUUUUAAAAAGAAGUCACUUCCACCUGCAUGUUAAAAGAUUUAGUUCAGCUACUACAAGUGUAUUCAAAAUGUGUCAUGGGUCUGCAGUGUCUAGUAAUAAUACACUGUAACAUAAUAUAUACCCUGAAGCACUGGUGCUCACCACAAGGAAAAGCUUUUCCAUUUCAAGCAAGUCCGAUACAGCACAGAAAUAAACAGAGCCACACAGAUGCCUCUUUUAGGCCAAACAGAGCCUUACAUGUUUCAUUAGCUGAAUACAAGGCAAAUCAUUUUUGUUGCUGUACUGUGUAGCAAUUAGUUAUCAAGCCCUCAUCUUGAAUGGCCAAACUGGCCAUUGUCAACAUCUGUCAACAUUUGCACAAUAUGAUAUUAUGAUAUUUUUGGAGUGCUACCAAUAAAGAAACUUAUUGCUAACCUCCAUAUAGUAGCCUUUUAUCUAUUUAUUGGUGGCCUGGUUCAGUUCUCUAUGUCACUAAGCCUCUAUAUCUCUUAAGUCACAUAUAUACUGCAAAAGCCAAAAGAAGGUACAGUACAAAUAAACAAAUGUAUCUUAACGGUGUUAUAGAUCCAUGCAUUGGAUCUUUAACUGUGUAUAUCCAGUUAAAGAGGUGAUAGAACAGAGUGUCCAGUUCUAUGUAGAUGAUCAGUUAGACAUAAACUAAGUAAAACAUGUACUGCAGCUUCUAAUUUAAUUUAAACAAAGUACAGUGAGCAGAUUUAACUGGGUUCACAUUUAAAAUGGUAUCCCACUGGGCAAUAGUGGUUUAAAUACAUGUCUGCAGCAUUUAAUCACUUUAAUUAACGUUAAUAUUUAGGGGUUGAUUAAUCAACCCAAAGUACAGUUGUUAUGGAGUGUUAAUGAUAAAAUGGUAAAACGUUACAGAGAUUUAUCCAUUUACUUCCCUGCUGAAGUGGUUCAUAUUUGGAAACCAUUGCAUUCUGCAGCCUGUGUUUGUGCUUAUUACUAACUUGUGAGGCCAAUGAGCCACGCAUAUGUUACAUAUGUCUAAAGUGGCAAGAAUAAAAGAGCAUACAUGACAAUAUUAAUUUCUUUCACUUGGAUUUGCGAUUUCAUUUCUAGACUACCUUCAGUUAAACUUCAUUCAUUUAAAUAAACACACAUACACUAUACAGUGCUAUUGGCAGCUGCAUAAGACAGACUAAUGGCACUCUCUGCAUUUUGUCCGCCAAAGUAAAAACACCAGUGGGGAAAAAAGGCCAAUCUGCUAACUUCAGAGGCAGCAAUGUAUACUUUUGUGUUUUGUUCUUUUGUGCCAAAAUUCACCUCGUGUCCACUGACAGGCAUAUGCUGGUGGAGGUAAUUGAAAAAUUAUAAACAAAAACGCCAAAGGAGAAAAUGCAGUAUGCGGCCCUAAACUUUAAACUUAAUACUUAUAACAUCCACAUGCUGCAAUGCUGACAGCUAUGGAAACUAUUGCACCAGAAAUAUGCUUCAGCCCUGCAACUCAGAGUGUAAUAGCCACUUGCUGUUGACCUAAAAAUCAAUUUGGGAGUUACAACCUCACAUUUUCAGUAUAUAUUUUCAGUAUACUGAAAGCUUAGGCGAUUAACAGCAGACUGAGCAGGUAGUGUACUUCAGCAGAAGUACAGCAAAGCAUAUAUACAAGCAUAUAUAGAAUAUCUUGCCAGAUUUGUUGUCAGACUUUAUUUGUCCUUCAACAUAGAAUAAUAAUGAUUACUACAGAGAGAAAGCAAGUAUAUAAGAGGGAAGAGCCAAGCAUUAUUGUCUGUUGCUGCACCGUUCUGCUUCUCUUGUGCAGCAGGCAGUGUGCUGUUGUGCAAAUGGCAUCUGACAAACACAAAUCUGUCUUAACGGCAGUUACCUAAAUCAUUAUUCAUGCUUCUAGCAGUAUGGAUACUCUAUUUGUGUGCUGCAGCCACUAAAGCAUUUUGCUGAGCAUGCAGCCACAACAAGAGUGCUGACAUAGACAUGUUGCAUACAGUCUGCUGUCUUAAAAACCUUCUAGUUAGCUAAAUCAGGAUGAAAUGUAUUCUCAGCACAGAAACAUUUCCCUAAAGACCCCCAGUGUCCCUUCUGUCAGUGUAAUGCACCAGGAAAUGGAAGCAAAGUUGGAACUGACUGAUGCACCCUGCUUCAUGCCAUGAAUAGACAUUAGGAAUGAAAGAUGUCUCUGUACUGCUGAUAUGUGCCCACUUACUGUCCUGCUGAUCUAUCUGUUGUCAUUUAUUGAAAACAUGUGCAAGGUUAAGUAGAAGGCCCUCAUUACAAAUUUCACUUUACCUUUUGUUCUUUUUUUAAUGAGGAUAUAAAUAAAUAGCAAACUGUAUAAACCCUUAUUACUGUAUGUUGCAGCUGGUGCUAAAAUGGACAUUGUGCUACCCUCACUUUAAAAGGACACUAUUUUCUUGUAUUUGUGCUUAAUACAGGGAGACUACCAGCUAGUAUAUAGUUUUAUAUUAUUGAGGUAAUUUAUCUAUGCAAGUGCAGUGAGCAAAGUGCGAUAUUAAGAGGAAUCCCAUUUUUUCCUCAGAAUUGCACAAUCAUUGCAGUCUCAAGCAGGCAUUGGAACACACAGUUAAACUGCGUUUGAUCACUUACAUAGGAUUUGUCAAAAUGAAUUCAACUAUGUGCACAUUUCAUCACAAAUCAGACACAGAGCAGCAGUCCACCUGGAGUAAUUUGCCAGUGACGUCUCCACCCAAUACUUUAGGCAUCUAUUGGCCCUGGGUGCAAAGGAAAACCUAAAGCCUGUAGCUCCAGGGUUCCCAUGCAUCAAUAUGCAGGAAUGGAGGGCAGGAAGGACUUAGCAGUGCCAAGCUAACUGUGCAGAGAUGCAAAGAGCUCAUUUUGCAACUUUCUGCAGCUACGGCUGGAGGUUGUCCAUGGUUUUGCUAAGCUUUGAAGUGCAACAGCUGUACCCCUAACUGGCUGGAAUUACCUAAUUUUGUCACAGCCUUUCACUAAGGUUGGCCACAACCUUCUGCAUCACAUAGGGCCCCCUUGUUGAAAAUGAUGCCCCUGUGAUAAGAGUGGAGAAACAGCCCAUAAUUGUGCAUUGUAGCACUGUAUUUAUCAGGUGCAUGUGAUAUAAAAUAUUGUCAUUUUUUCUUUGUUGAUAAAUAGCACCUUUUCAUAAAAAGUUGUCAAAAUUAAAACUCAACAGUUUUUUGUACCUUAACAGAAUGGGCCAUCUGUUCUCAUUUCUCUUUCCUUCAUUCUAAGUAAACCUGAUGUGAAAUAUGCUUGGGUUACAGGCACUCUACUUUUUAGAAUGUGCUUUAAAUAAUCUGCAUGGGUAAUAACACUUUGUAAAUUGUGCAUAGAGGUACAGUCAUCAAACCUGGAAAAGUAUUUAAGAGCAUCAAGAAGUUCGUUGAGGGCUAAAGGGAACAUAUUCCUAUUUACAAGUUAAAGGGUCACAAAAUGUCUUGUUUUCAUAUAGUGCACUGCAAAUAGAGGCGUUUUAGCAUUGUUUUUUGUUUGUUAUUGUCUGCUUUUAUGUUUGCCAGUAGCAGCUCAGCAAGCCUGGUUGAUUCAUUAGUUAAUACAUAUCUCAGCAGGAGCAGCUUCAGUCCCUUCAGAGCAUGCUCCCAGGCUUCAAACUUUGCCAGUAACUAAUUACAUUUGCAAGAACUCACAAACACAUUUAAGUAAAGAAAUGCUAGCAACUAAUAUAUCAAAUUGUAACUGUUUAAAAAGUCCACCAGCUAACUGAUGUGUUACUGGGAAACAUGAUGGGAGAAAGCUCUUUCAUUUUUAAUACAUUAUUUAUAAAAAUAUGGUAACACGCAGAAAACAUAUCAACAAGUCAUGAUUUGUGGUGUAGCUCUUUUUCCAGAGCAUAUUGCCAUUUAUUACUUUAUUAUUACUGCCAUUUAUUACUAUAUUAUUAGUUGUCAUCAUUUCUGGUGUAUUACAUUUUAUGGAGAACAGUAUUACCUUCGUUUUAGUAAUAGAUUAAACUGAAAUUUGUGCACAAUAAGCCAUGGCACAACUAGUGUACCAAAAAUGGUAUUAAUAUAGUUGGUAUAUCUAUCUUAAUAAGGAGUCUGCACUCAUUAGUUGGAAAACAGGUUGUAAAAGAACUGCGACCAAAUUAAUCAUACAUCUCCAGGCAUCACAGCAGCAAAAACAGCAUAAUUAUUAAAGGAGACAUAUUGGAUUAAUGGGAAAAACCCUAAUUUUGUAGGCAAUUAUGAAUAAUAUAUGGUGCUGGUUUCCCUUUGGGCUAAACAUUAAUCCUAUCUGUAAAAAUGGCCCCUUUAUUGGAGCUCCCUAUAGAUCCUAUCACUUCUCUGUCAGAGUUUGAAAUGAUGGGUGGGCGUGUCCUAACGGUCCCUGCCAGAAGCACAGUAGGAGGGGGAGAGCCAAUCGCAGCCCUGCACUCACACAAACACAGGCAGGCUUCAGUUCCCUAUCAGGUCAGCCUAGCUGCUGAUUGGUUCCUAUCUUAUAAUGCAGUGUACUGAGAGCCGCCGGCUCCCCAGCUCAUCCAGAGGAUUCAGCCAGCAGGAAGGGAAAUGGAUGGGCGGGGCUAGUGGGGUUUUGGGCAAAUUUCUCAAUAAAUCAGUCCAAAACACAACUUUUUUUAGCACAAUCCUUCUAUAUCUAGAGGAGUAUAAUUCCCUGGUACAUUGUUAAUUUUUAUAGGAUAUGUCUCCUUUAAGCUGUGUAAUGAUGUCCAGCAAUCGUGUACCUGUAAGUAAAAAUCUGGUAUAAAAACAAGCAGCUGCAUAAAAAUUGUAUGUGAAAAUAUGGUGUUCACUAGUUGUGCUUUUUCUGUGUCUUUCCACCGUAACUUAUUUGGCACUUGAAUUUUUCCCUUUGACUGUAGAAGUGUAAAAUAAUAGUGUCAAAUUGGGCAUUCAGGCACUGUAAAGUAGAACACCUUGAUAAAUUUGGCAUUUAGUUUUCACAACUUUUUACACCGUUUUUUCUGGUGUUUUUCUGGGGUACUUUUUAUUUCAUAAUUACACUGUUUACAUUGCAGAUAAUUCACUCUACCAUUUACAUUUUUAUUCUUGGACCAACAGAUGUAUUUUUUUUUGUUGCAAUAUUGUGUGUAGGUGCCAUCUCAGUGCAUUGUGCCUGAGUCUGAGCUUUCAGAAGGAGCCAAUGCUUCACAUUAGAACUGCUUUCAGAUAACCUAUUGUUUUUCCUACUGCCGUUUAACUGGAGGAGUCCCAAGCCUGACUUGGAUUUCUUACUAUUGAGUGAUAUUCUGAUAUCUACUGGGAGCUACUAGCUGUGGCACCCUGGGAAAUGAAAAAUAUGGCUAGCCCCAUGUGAAAUUUCAAAAUUAAAUAUAAAAAAAAAAAAA